AUGCAGUUCAUCACCGUUAUCAUUGCUACCCUGGCCGCUGUUGCCACUGCUACUCCUUCUCCCGAUGCCUUUGAGAAGCGCACCUGCGUUGGUACAGUGGCCCCUCUUGCUGCGACGGAUGGCAAUGUGUUGGUGCUACUGAGUGGAACGCUGGCGUUUGCAUUCCCCAAUACUAGAGAGAUGAAACCGUGA